ACACGUUCCGACAACGCAACUCGUUUGAAGGUCCAAAUCGGACACUACGCGGUGCCCGAACCUUUGAAGGAAGGUCUGAAGCCUACCAUCUACAAUGGGGGCUCACUGUCCAGGGCACACAUGGGCAUCAACCACCCUGUGCUUGCUUCUUUCCUAUGUCCU